AUGCGUUUUCAGAUGGUACGAUUAGCGAAGGAGAACAUCUUAUUGAUUUUUACGGUAGCUGGUGUAGUGGCAGGAGUCCUUUUGGGUAUAACGCUCAGAGAUCCAGAUGUGAAAUGGAGUAAACGUCAUUUGAGCUAUCUACGAUUCCCUGGCGAUGUGUUCGUUCAAAUGCUUAAAAUGCUUAUUCUACCACUUAUUAUGUCAAGCAUUAUAGUUCUUGUAGCUUUACCCAUGCGACCACCGAUAUCUUCUGUUACAGUACGAGCUUGGCCUCUGUCGAUCCGCACACUGCGGGCAAACUUCGGGAUGAUAUCUUUACUCUACUACUUCAUAACAACAAUGAUGGCUGUGAUUCUUGGAGCCUUUUUCCUGAAGAAUCUCAUGGAAGCAACAUUUCGGUCUCACAAAGUGUGCAUGAAAUUCCUCAAUGGGUCCGAACAAAUGAAUCCCGAUGUUGUACUUAAACUUAGUGCAGAUGAGCGAGCUGCUUUCACUGAGCUCCCGGAGCGGGUCACUUCAGAUGGAAUGAACAUUCUCGGGCUGGUAAUGUUCAGCGUUGCCCUAGGAAUCACUAUCGGAUGGAUUGGUGAAGAAGGACAUGCGCUGAAAGCGUUCUUCAAAAGUCUCGAAACAGUCAGCAUGAAGCUGAUUUCACUCGUCAUCUGGUAUUCACCACUUGGCAUAGCAUUUCUGAUUGCGUCGCAAAUUGUCGGAAUGAAAGACCCAGGGAAGGAGUUGCAAAGGCUCAUGGGUUACAUGAUCACCGUGCUUAUUGGACUGUUCAUUCACGGUUUCGUCAUGUUGCCGAUUCUCAUGAUUCACGCUGGCAAGGCGGAACCCAAUCAAGUACGUUUACGGAAUGGCACAAGCGCUUUUAACCGCACUUGCUACGAGUUCCAGAGUUUCCUAAUGAUCGACAAAACAUACAUACUACCUGAUGCACAGAACGCAGCAAAAUCACUAAUUUCUAGUUCUGCUACGUUACCGCUUUCCAUCAAAUGCGUCGAGGAGAAUAAUGGUGUGGACUCUCGGGUAGCACGAUUCGUCCUCCCACUCGGAGCAACUAUAAACAUGGACGGUACCGCUUUAUAUGAAGCGGUCGCUGCUAUCUACAUUUCCCAGUGUGUUGGCCUGGAACUCACGCUGGGUCAAAUAAUUCUUGUCAGCCUCACCGCAACAUUAGCCAGCAUUGGAGCCGCUGGUAUCCCACAGGCAGGAAUUGUAACCAUGAUUAUGGUACUGAUCGCCAUUGGAUUGCCAUCAAACCUGUUCAUUUUGAUAUUCCCCGUCGAUUUCUUCUUGGACAGAAUUCGUACAACAGUAAAUGUUCAUGGUGAUAGUAUUGGUGCUGCCGUUGUUGGAAAGCUUUGCGAGAAGUACUUGAAACAAGAUCGUACUGCUGCAGGUGCCAGCUCGGAACACAAUGAACAAGGGUACAGUAUGCUGAGUACAACUGCUAGUCCGGAUCCAUCAAAACGAAUCAGCAUUGGAAAUCACCAUUACGAAAACUCACAUAUGUUGUGA